AAUGGCUUUGAUGAGGCGUUUCUGAAGGAUGCAUUGCUGGAGAGAAUUAAGGACGAUAUGCCAGAGAUUGUGCUAUCUGCCCUUAAAGCUUUGCAGCUUCACAUGGACCUUAUGCAUGCAGAGGAGACCGUUUCCUGUUUGAUUUCACUUCUUCAUCGCAUCAAACCAUCAGCGGAAUGGUGUUCGGUGCUAAAAGAGGCUGUGCGAGUUCUCGAUGACCCGUGUAUUUUUGAGGGCAACCCAGAUCUUAAGGCACAGAUUAGUUGGGAGAUUCUGCCCUUCUUGGUGUUGACCAAUGCUGCGCCCAAGUGUGUGGAGCUGCAAAUGGCAUCUUGUGUUGCUGAAACCACUUUGCUUUCCCAGCAUCCCCUUACUCAUGGUUGGGCCAAAGUGCUGAAGGAUGUUCUGGUCAAAACCUCUCCAUCAGAUAUGCUGGGUGUAGCCAACCAAAUGCUUACUACAACUCUGAUCAAGAACUUGGCCAAUAUGGAUCAUGCAACCAAACGCAACACUCUGCAGAAUGUGUGUGAUAUCCUGAGCCGUCAGGGCAGCAGUGUGCAGGAGAGAGCAGCAUUUGUGGUGCUCAGUAAUGCACUGCUACAGAGUCUGCAGUCCAUGACGGAGAGUCAACACCUCCACACAGCACAGUGUGUGUACAAACUACUGGAACCUUUACUGCUACAGGUCUACACAGUCCAACCUGAACAGGCUUCUUGUGAGGAGGUAAAUGAGUGUCUGCCAGUCUGUGUGAUACUGGGUGAGUUUCUGCAGAAAAUGAGCUCUGGCCUCAAUGCAGAGAGAGAACAAGGCCUCCUCCUGCUGUCACUCCUGCGGCUUUUCAUCACGGCACUCAAAUGUCCAGAUUCCACAUUUAAAGAUGAGCCAUGGUGGAACCCAGAGAAAAUGGACGCCAAUACCUGCUGUUACGUGCAUCUCCUGUGUCGUCUGUUUGACUUAGUGAUAUCUGGGGCCAGUCAAGGGCCCUUGGCUCUCUGCUUCAAGAGCCUAAUGCAGCCUCUGUUACAGGUUCACCUGAAUGAGCCGACAACCCUCUUUAAGUUCCUCUCUCUUUUAUGGGGCUACAACAGUAAUUUAGGUGAUCAGUUGGAUUGUCGAGUUAGUGCCAUACUGCAAACUCAGGCUCUUUAUGUGGGAAAGGCUUUGCUUUGCAAUCAGCCAAUAAAAACCCUCAACGUGCUGGCAUCAGGUUCCUCACCAGUGGUGCCGUCCUUGCUGGUGUGUUUGUGUUCAGGCGUGUGUGAAGUUCGGAGAGCUGCCAUUGCUGUGCUCCAUUCUCUCUCAGGGGUUGUUUCUUCACCUUAUUAUCUACUAGUGGAGAACCUCCUCAAAUCAUCAGAGGAGAUCAUCGCUGACCCCUCUUACCUCAGCCAGGCACUGUCCAAGAUGUAUGAGGAGGCACUGUUAUUGAAAGAUAAAAAGAAAAAGCUGGCAUCAAUUGAGCAGCUUCUGCAGUGUGUGCAGUUACCUUGCUGCCCUUCCUACACCUGUAAAACACUGCUGCGAGCACUUCAGGAUGUUCAUGGAGAGCCUAUUUUGGCCAUUCUUCUGCCUGCUGUGGAGCGACUUCUCGAGCAGUGUGCUCCAGACUCAUGCACCUUCCUGCCAGAUGAGGCCCACCUCCUGCAGCUCCUAUUGAGCAAGUUCAGUGAGGCGUCUGCACCUUUACUGGUCAAAGACCCUCGAUGCCUAGAGGUCUUCAUUAGGGCAUUGGGCACCUCAGCCAAGCCGUACCCCUCUAUGCCUGGUUUCCAGAUUAUUGCCCUGGAGCAGAUCACCAAGCCAUUCUUCACUGCUCUUGGAGAUGAAAAGAUUCAACAGAAAAUUCUUUCUGUUUUAUUUGACUUGCUGGUGGGGAACAAAAACCCUGCCUGUGCCCAAGCUAUCAACAGUGUCUUUAAAGUGAUUGCUGUGGAUGCAGAGCUAGUGGCCAAUGAGCUGAUGCCCGUAGAUAAACAAAAGGUUACUGCAACAGUUCAACAAACACGCAGGAGUAAAAUGCAAACUAGAAAAACACAAGAAUCAUCUGGGGCAGUGCCGGAGGAGAAUGUUGUCUCUUGGCCAAGAGUUACCCUGAUUUUAGAGCUUCUGCAACACAAGAAAAAGCUAAGGAGAGCCCAGUGUCUUGUGCCCGCUCUGUUUAAUCUGCUGUCCAGAUGUCUGGAUCCUGCCGCAGCUGAACAGGAGAAUCUCGAGUACACAAAACAACUCAUCCUCAGCUGCCUGCUGAAUGUCUGUCAGAAACUGUCUCCCGAUGGAGGGCCUAUAAGCAAAGAUGUGCUGGAGGAGGAUACAUUUAAUGUGGAGCUGGUAGUGCAGUGUGUCAGGAUGUCAGACAUGCCCCAAACUCACCAUCAUGCUCUCCUUCUGCUCGGUGCUUUGGCGGGUAUCUUUCCUGAGAAGGUUCUUCACAACAUCAUGCCCAUCUUCACAUUCAUGGGCUCCAACAUCAUGCGACUGGAUGACACUUACAGCUUCCAGGUCAUCAACAAGACUGUUCAGGCAGUCAUACCUGCUCUUAUAAAGGCCAAUGAGGGUGGAAGUGCCCAGUCUGAGGGGCAUAUGGAGACUGUGGUAUCACAUAUCGUGCAUGUGUUUGUUGAUGCCCUGCCUCAUGUGCCCGAGCACAGACGCUUACCCAUCCUCAGCCAGCUGAUGAACACACUGGGGCCAUCUCGCUUCCUCUGGGUCCUGAUGCUGCUCCUGUUCAAGCAGCAUGUCACACAAACAUCUGUCAGUGCAAGUGGGGCUGAAAAGGAGGCUGUUGUGGAGAGAGAUCAGGACUUCUGGACCUCGGUGUGCUGUGAGUUUGAGGUAAAGGAGCAGCUGACCUCCAUCAUCAGAAUCCUGCAGUAUCUCAUGACUCUACCACAGGACAAAGAAGAAGCUCCGGAGAAAAAGAGGACCCGUGGAAGAAGUGCGGUGAAGAAGGCAGAAACGGUCUCUGAUGUGAUCUUCAACAUGGAGGCUAAUAGUGGCAAGGACCUCCGCCAUUUUAAAUUCCUCUCAGUCUCUUUUAUGGCUCAGCUUUUGGCCUCUGACAGAUUUGUUGGGAAGGUGGCUGACUGUGAGGACUUAACAGAAAGCACCUUACAGACUCUUCAGCAGAAUCUGCUGGAGGAGGUUCUGCGCUACAUCCAUGCAGUUGCUCGAUGUGUAGAGGAUAAUGCAGACAAACCCACUGCUAAGUUCUGGAGAGCUCUGCUCAGCAAGUCCUAUGACAUCCUGGACAAGGUUAAUGCCCUGCUGCCCAUGGAUUCCUUCAUUAUGGUAAUGAGAGGCCUGAUGGGUAAUCAGUUAGCUUCAGUAAGAAGGAAGGCCAUGGAGUUACUCAAUAACAAACUACAGCAACGGACGCAGUGGGUGGAAGAACAGAUUACUGUGCUUCUGGAUCUCAUUGGCGUCCUCCUAAAUAUUGUGGGUCGGAGUCACGGACAGGUCACGGCACAGGAAGAAGAAGAGCUGGCUAUCAAUCGACAGACGGCCCUUUACAGCCUUAAACUUCUGUGCCGAAAUUUUGGCUCAGGCCACCAGGAGCCGUUUGUACCAGUGCUGAAAAAAGCGGUGGAGCUGGUUGCUGAUAAAGAUGAGGAAAAGAAUGUAAUGGGAAGUGCUCUGCUGUGUGUGGCUGAAGUGACCAGCACAUUGAAAGCCCUCGCUAUACCACAGUUACACAGCCUUAUGCCUGCAGUGCUGGACACUCUGAAGGAGAGAAAGGACCUGCUGAACAAUGAAAUAUACUUGCUGAGCGCUGUCACAGCUCUACAGCGCGUAUCAGAGACGUUACCACACUUCAUCAGCCCCUACCUGGAGGACACCAUCUCACAGGUCGCCCGCUUAACUCUGCUAGCCAAGCGACUGACAUCCUGCCCUCAGCUGUCUGUACGUCUCUCCUCGCUCAGCACCACUCUUGCCACAAAGGUGCCUCCCAGGGUCCUCAUUCCCACCAUUACAAAAUGCCACUGCACCAUGGUGAAUGUUCAGCAGAACCGUCUUGGUCCUCUGAUGAUCAUCCUGAAGGAACAUAUAACUCACAUGGAGAAGGACCAACUCAACAACCACCAAUCAGAGCUCACUUCCUUCUUCCUGUCUGCUCUUGAUUUCCGUGCCCAGCAUUGCCAGGGAGAUCUGAAUAAGAUUGGUGAGAUCGAGGGCUAUGUGAUUGACUGUCUGUUAGUGAUGGUUAUGAAACUUUCAGAAAUCACUUUCAGACCUCUCUUCUUCAAGUUAUUUGACUGGUCAAAGAUGGAUGGUGCUUCUAAAAACCGCCUGUUAACGUUCUACAGACUGGCAGACAAUAUCGCCAACAAACUCAAAGGACUGUUUGUGUUGUUUGCUGGGCAGCUGGUCAAACCCAUCUCUGAACUGCUGCGUCAGCUCAACAUUUCUCACACAGACAAACCCUUCUUCGAUUCAGAUGAUGAGGAGGAGGAUUCAGAUGAUGAUGAUGAUGAUGAUGACGAUAAUGUGACAAAGAGCAGCCUGCUGCUGCAGUAUGUGUUGGACUGCCUCCAUAAAAUCUUCCUCUAUGAUACUCAGCGCUUCCUCAGUAAGGAGAGGGCUGACGCUCUCCUGGGCCCCCUGGUGGAUCAGUUGGAGAACAUGCUAGGAGGUGACGAGAUCUACAAGACCCACAUUACCAAGCAUUUGGUGCCCUGUAUUGCCCAGUUUGCUGUUGCCUUGGGAGAUGACUCCCAGUGGAAAGUUCUCAAUUAUCAGAUUCUGCUCAAGACACGACACAGUUCACCUAAGGUGCGUUUCUCUGCACUUGUCAUGUUGCUGGAGUUGGCAAGCAAGCUGAGGGAGAACUACAUGGUUCUUCUGCCAGAGACUAUCCCAUUUCUGGCUGAGCUUAUGGAGGAUGAAUGUGAGGAAGUGGAGCAGCAGGUGCAGAAGGUCAUUCAUGAAAUGGAGACUAUCCUCGGUGAACCACUGCAAAGCUACUUUUAAUUCCACCCGGGACUGAUUUCACACCAUCACAGGCGCUUCUUACACCCUUUAAGUGUGCAUUCAUUAUCCGUGUAUAAUAUUUAGUGAUGAACUGUAUUAAUUACUGUAUUAAUUACUAAUAUUUAGUCAGUCUGCCCACCAGUUCCACCUGUACACCUUCUAACUGACUGACAGCUUGGCCACUACCUUUGUGUCCAUGUAUAUGUAAAUGUAAAAAGCCACAAAUCACUGGAUACCACAUGCUUUUGACAGUAGGGUUAUAUAAAAACGACACGCAUGAUGUUUAAAUGUCUGUUUUUAAAAAUGAAAUGGUUUUAUAUAGAAUUUUCGAAUGCAUACUGAUGUACCUCUCUGGAAUCUGAACAUCAUAAAAAGAUGAGUCUGGAAAAUGUGAA